AUGAGAGAGACUCAUGAAGGGAUCUGUGGAGCUCACCAAGGAGGAAGGAAGAUGUGCUGGUUAAUCAGGAGGUAUGGCUAUUUCUGGCCAACCAUGAUGAAAGAUUGCAUUGACUAUUCCAAAGGGUGCGAGUCUUGUCAAAGACACGGCCUAAUCCAGCAAGCUCCUUCAGUUAUGAUGAAUCCAGUGGUGAAGCCAUGGCCUUUUAAGGAUGGGCAAUGGAUCUCAUUGACAAAAUCUAUCCAGCCAGCAGCCAGCAACACUGUUUUAUCAUUGUUGCUACAAACUAUUUCACCAAAUGGGAGGAAGCCAAGACUGUUAAAUCCACUACAUCUCAAGAGAUCAUCACCUUCAUAG